CAGAGUCAAAGAGUGCAGAAACUAAACCCUAACAACCACGAGGUCAAAGAGUGCAAAAACUAAACCCUAACAACCACCUCGCCCUUGCCGGUUGAUACAGCAUGAUGGAUUCCGAAGCUGAAUCUCCUAAAACCCUGACAACCACGAGGCACAAGUGCUCAGCGUGUUUCAAGCAAUAUAAGAAAAAAGAGCACCUUGUUGAACACAUGAUUGUCUCAUACCACUCACGUCAUCAGCCCAAGUGUGGAGUUUGUAUAAAGCAUUGCAAGACCUUUGAAUCUUUAAGAGAGCAUCUUACUGGACCAUUAUCUAAAGCAACUUGUUCAAAGAUCUUUGCUAGUCAAGGUUGCAGCCUUUGCAUGAAAGUUUUUGACAGCCCAGCUAGUCUUAGUGAGCAUAAAGAAAAGUGCCAAUUUCCUGCCCCUGUUCCCCUUGAAAUGCCUUGUACAGAAUCCCAUCUUGACACUUCAUCAUCAAACAUUGGAGCCCCCAGCAGCAAUCCCAAAGCAGUUGCAUUCUCAGCUGCAAACAAUGGAGACCACAGCAGCAAACCCAAUCUUAUUGCCAUUUCAGUCUCAAACAGUGCAUACCGCAGCAAUGACCACAAAGCAGUUGCUAUUUCUGCUCCAAACAAUAGAGAUCUCGACUGGGAUCUAAAAGCAGUUGCUGUAUCAGUCCCAAACAAUGUAGAUGGCAGCAGUGAUCUCAAAGCAGUUGCAAUAGAUUGUGAAAUGGUUGGUGGUGGAAGUGAUGGGUCACUUGAUGUUUGUGCUAGGGUUUGCCUCAUUGAGGAAGAUGAGAAUUUGAUUUUUCACACUUACGUGCAACCUCAGAUUCCUGUCACUAAUUUCAGAUAUGAAGUUACUGGUAUAACAGAAGAACAUCUUAGAGAUGCCAUGCCACUCAGGGAAGUGCAGGAAAUACUAUUACAGAUCUUGUGUAAUGGAGAAUCCAUUGGAAGAGUACGGUUGGAUGGUGGAAAGGCUAGGCUUCUUGUAGGUCAUGACCUAGAGCAUGAUUUGAAAUGUUUGCGAAUGCAUUAUCCUGAUCACUUGCUCAGGGAUACAGCAAAAUACCGUCCGUUAAUGAAAACUAAUCUGGUCAGCCACUCUCUGAAAUACCUAACAAGGACAUAUCUUGGGUAUGAUAUCCAGUCAGGGGUGCACGAUCCUUACAUAGAUUGCGUAUCUGCAAUGAGAUUAUAUAAGAGGAUCCGCGCUCAAGAUCACUGCAGCCAAGGGUUGGAAGCAUCAGUUGCAGCUCAGCAGAGUCAUAAUUUGAUGACCAAUGGCAAUAGCUUUGAUAAUUGGAAACCCAAGGAACUAGAGAGUAUGACCCCGGACGAGCUUUUUCAGAUCUCAAAAUCCAACUACAAAUGUUGGUGCUUGGAUUCAAGGCCAUAAACCCAGUUUUGAUGGUAAAUAAUCUCAUUAUUUGUGAAAUCUGGUCUUUUUGCCCAGCACAGGAUGUUGCUUUCUUGUCUGGAUUCCCUGGAACUGGAUGUAAAUAUCUUAACAAAAUUAAGUUUUAUUGCAAUUGCGUGGAGAGGAUUCAGCCUGGUUGGAAGCUA